GACGGGUAAUGUGGGACGGCAAAGAUGGCGGCGUCCUCAUCAGCAGGACGCGUUUUGACUCUUUGCAAGCAGUUUCAAAAUGUCUUUAGGAUAUCUUCAACGAUAAAUACUCAGCACUGUACUGCUAAUUUGACCAAAUACCCAUCUCGUCCUUACAGGGAAACGUCUCCACUCGUUGCCCUGUCUUGGUACAGUCCCACCGGCUCUGUGGGUCAGUGUCGAGCCCUGCACACAACCAUCAGCAGAAGAGGGCUGGAAGAGUUCUUUGACCUCCCUGAGAACUGGGGAGAGGCCAACGUGAAGUCGGCUGCACCUUGGACUGCCAAACAACUGAGAACAAAGAGCAAUGAAGAUUUACACAAACUCUGGUAUGUGCUGUUGAAAGAAAAGAACAUGCUGCGCACACUUGAGCAGGAAGCAAGAAGGCAAAGGGUUCAGAUGCCGAGUCCAGAAAGAUUAAGGAAGGUUGACCGGUCGAUGAUCAGACUGGAGACGGUGGUGAAGGAAAGAGAGACUGCACUGCGUCUGCUGCAGACAGGACAGGAGAAAGCCAGACCAGGAGCCUGGAGGAGGAACAUAUUUGGACACGUCUACUGGUAUCGAUUCAAAGAGUAUGCUAUUCCUUGGUACAUGAAUAAAAGGUACAAGCGAAAGAGAUUCUACACACCCAAGUUUGUCCAACCACACAUAAGGCUGCGUAUAGAGAAGCAUCUUCGAGAGAAGGCCAGGAAAGCCAGCUCAGAGAGGGGAACUCAGGCCAAACUCAAGGAGAAGUUUCCUCAAAUGAAAGUUCCUGCAUCAUGAAAUUUCAAGCGCACAAUUUACAAUUAAGGAGUUUUUGACAGCUGUGAUCUGUCCAGACACAAAGCCUUCUCUACAUUUUAUCUGAGUUAAUAUGAAUACAAGAGUCUGAAUCAGCUCAUGUCAAAUAACUGAAGGUGGUCUGAAACUGUUGUCCUUUGUAGAGUAUGAGUGUAUUUGUCCAGCUGUUUAUUUGAUCCUUGAAAUUAUGCUACAUGACCUUGAAAUGUUUUGGUCACUGGUUUCAUACUUAAUAUUAAAACACACCAUGUAUUGAG